AUGAAAGAUAUUCAUAAAUAUAAAUAGUUGUCUGAUUAAAUUUUUAAAGUAAGAAUUAUUGAGAUAUAAGGAACAGUAUUAAUAAUUGAAAUGUGUGAAUUAAUAAUUAGAAAAUCAGCAACAAGAAUAGUAGUAUUAUUAUGGUAAGAAUUUCCAAGAAUUGGGAUACUAGACUAAUAUGUUAGGGAUAGAAUGUAGUAGAUUGAAUGA